AUGACGAAAACCACCAUCAUGAAGGACAACAGGGAUGCAGCACAGGAAAGGGCGCCUGAGGAGUUGGUAGCCCCCGUGGAUCACGAUUUCCACAGUAGUUGGGGAUCUGUUUACUCAACCCGUGGUUUCACAGGUGACGAGCGCGCUCGCGAGCUAUGGAAACUAUAUGCCACCAACCCGGGCGCAGUUGAACGCCAAUACCACUUGCUUUUGAGUGAAUAUACAGAGAAGUUCCACAGCUUCUUCAAAGGCUACUGGCCCAUCUCGCUACAUGCCCACGUCAGCGAUGUUCUGGUUCCUACAACCAUGGCCUCCUUGAUUCUCAACACGGCUUCGACGUGUCCACUAAUCAUUGAAUCGCCGGAGCUAUCACCUAUGUUGAAUGACGACCCAGAGCCUGAAAAAAUCCAAAUCUUUGUACGGAAUCUGCUUGGUUGGACGGAAAGCCACGUAAAGAGGCCCCGAUUUGCGACCGUAGAGGGCAUUUAUGGUAGUGGAUCUGGACCCUUGGCGCAUGCUUCCCAUGAGUGGGAGUAUAACAUUAUCGCAACUGGCGAUGAGCCUGUGAUGAUCCGUAGUGAAGACUUUGCACCGGACCGUUUACUGCCAAAGCUCAUUCAGGCCAAGCAGAACGACUGUAUCGCCGUAAUUGUUGAUUUGGUCAGCACUUCUGACGGUUCUGUAUUCUCCCCCGAGAACUUCAAAUUGCUCCGCGAAUGCUGCGAUCAAGCAAAGCUGUUCCUAGUAGUGGAUGAGGCUAUGACAGCCAUCCGAUGUGGAGCACCAUGGGCAUGCCAAAGAGAAGAGUACUACCAGGCCGGUCUUGAGCCAGAUAUGGUUGUAUUCGGCAAAGGAUUGUGCGUCAGUGGAAUAGCGAUGAACUUUGAUGGUCUCAUGAUGAAGCAUCUCAAGUUCCAGGAAAGAGCACAAAUAACUCAAAGUAUCCGAUUCUGGCGUGCGCUGAUCAGCCGUCCGGUGGCUGUGCCUGUCCUGAUUGAGUCUCUGGGGAUUUUGAACUUGGCCGACGCAGAGGAUUGGGCUGCACGAAGCUUGCAAAUUGGACGAACAGUCCGCAGCUUCAUUUCUGAUCAUGCAGGUACCCAUUGCAAAAAGGACCAUAUACCGACACGUGGGCUUGGCGCUUUCAUUGCCGUUGAUCGAGAUAUAUCGAAGCAAUUUUGCGUUAUGGCAGCUAUUCGGAGGCGUUCUAAUUGGGUUCGAUGGCUUCCCAAGCUUGACAGCGGAGCCGUGGACCGCAAGGCGCUGGAGCAGUAUGUGGUGGGGCCUCAAGGCAGGGUGAAUCGACGUGCACUCUCAAAGGAGGCAGAAGAGCAGCAAAAUCUUCCACUGUGGUGUUUUGUGUGCGGGAUUAAUGCCACUGAGAAGGACUGGUGCCGUACUUGCUUCCUGGGAACAUGUGAAAAUGAGGAUUGCGUUGACUCAUUUUCCACACACGGAUGUGUUUAA